ACUUGUCGGCAAAGGGGAAAUUUUGCAAGUCAUGGUGGGCCAUGCAACGAGUGGGCUAUGAAAACUUUAGGGUAAUCUACUGAAACAAGUUGCUUUUUCAAUUAAGUAAUCAUUGGAAAUGGCCAGUGACCAGCGUCAAGGCAUUUAGAGCUUUUUUAAUCAGUAAAGUCUUCAUACUAGAAUCAUCUAAAGCCCGCCUCCGAAACGCUCCCAUUGGCAGAGGUGUGAGUAACAAGCGCGUCCGGGGUUUCGAGAUUGGAGAAGCUCCGAGGAGUGCUUGAAGCCUAAAUGGUGGAACUAAGUGUCUUUUUAACAGAAUAGACAUUUGCCGAGGACAGGGGAGCCGUCAUUAUUUUUUUCUUCAUUUUUGUCUCCCUUUUGUAUCAAGCCAAUGUCUGUGUGAAAAGAGACCAAUAUUUUUCUGUUUUAUUUACAUUUUUACUAAUUUUAUGUAUUAUACAAAACACAGACUACAAGUGUUCCGGCCUGACCCUUGUUUGUGUUUAGAUUUUUGUUUUUGUUUUUUUUUAACUUUCAUUUUUGUUUCCUUUGCAAAGAAAUGCUUUACCUGAAAAAGUACUUCACAGAGGGUCUGAUUCAGUUCACUAUCCUCUUGAGUCUCAUCGGGGUGCGGGUGGACGUGGACUCCUACUUAAACAGUCAGCUUCCCCCACUACGUGAAAUUAUCCUGGGCCCUAGCUCAGCCUACACCCAGACCCAGUUCCACAACCUCCGUAACACCCUGGACGGCUAUGGAAUCCAUCCAAAAAGUGUGGACCUGGACCAUUUCUUUGCCAUUCGUCAGCUGCUGAACCAGGUGCAUUCUCUGGAUCACCUGCGUGUGCCUACUACUGAGCUGAGUGCUUGGCUGGUGCACCGUGACCCUGAGACUGUGGUGUCUGCAACCAGUCAGUCCAGUCCCAGCAUUGCCCUGGACAAUGGGGGCAGCCUGGAGGACGUGAACAACCCCGAAGCCUCUGCCAUGAGAGGGGCCGGCAGUGCUUCUGAGACGACCUACAGCCUUAGUGGAGAGGACAGUUUGGGUGCUGUGGCCCCUGAGAUCAGCCAGGAACAAGAGGACAGAGAGGGCAGUGAUGAUCUUUCUAAAGAGGACAUAGACCUUAUAGAUAUUCUUUGGAGGCAGGAUAUUGACCUCGGGGCUGGACGGGAAGUGUUUAACUACAGCAGCAGACAGAAGGAUGGUGAGGCAGAGAAACCCAGUGAGGAGAAUGAGGAGGCAAGUGCACAAGAGGAAGACUGGAGAAAUGGCAUUAAUCUACAGGAAGGUCAGAGCCUGACUCUUGUGGAUGGGGAGACUGGAGAGAGCAUACCUGAGCAGCUAUCCAGCCUUGGAGCACAGACCUCAAUGUCACUGCAAGAAUGCUUGAGGCUUCUGGAGGCCACAUUCCCUUUUGGAAAUGAAUCAGAGUUCCAGACUACAGAUUCAACCCCUCAGCUGAGAGGUCCAAUUGAAGAUGUUCCUUCAACAUCUCAGGGGCUUCCCCUGACAGCCCCUCCACCCCAAUCUGAUGCUCCUCUGGAUCUAGAACAGCAAUGGCAAGACAUUAUGGCUAUCAUGGAAUUGCAGGACAUGGAGGUGAAUAAUACAACAGAAAACACCAUUAUUAACAAUAACCAGAAUAACACUGGUGCUAAUACCACUGAAUCAGGCACAAUGGCAAGUUUUGGUCUUCCACGAUCCGGUCUCAUCAACCAGGAUGUGAGCCUCCACCAGGCUUCCCUCCCAAGCUGCAGCCAAGACGUCCCUGCCCUUUUCAACCCAGAUCUAGAUCCCUCUGUGGGGCAGCGGUCUGCCUUGCUUAGGCUCGCCUCCAGCAAUUCGUCUAACAUCAACUCAACAUUUGGAGUCACUAACCUUACAGGGCUCUUCCUCCCACCCCUCCUGAACAGUACAAGCAACCUCACCUCCGUCUCUGUAUUGCCUGACCCAUUCACCAGCCUGCUGGAGGAGUCUAUGUUGGAUGAAAUCAGUCUUCUUGACCUGGCCAUGGAAGAAGGAUUCAGCCAGGCCCAGGCCUCUCAACUGGAAGAUGAGCUUGAUUCAGACUCGGGCCUUUCUUUGGACUCUGGCCACAGCCCAGUGUCUCCCAGCAAUUCUGAGACAUCCUGUUCCUCAACUGCCUCCUCGUCUUCCACCUCUGCCACUUUUUCAGAGGAGGGGGCGGUGGGCUACAGCACCGAUUCUGAAGCAGCAGCGGCUGAAGCCGAGGAGGGAGCUGUUGGAGGCUACCAGCCAGAGUACAGCAAGCUGUGCCGCAUGAGCUACCAAGAUCCCUCUCAUUUCCAUGGCUUGCUACAGAUGGAGAGUGUUAAUCACAACCACACGUACAAUCUGCCACUAGCAUCGUCCUACCCUGAGCAUUCUCAGCUGCUAGGACCCUGCGCUAAAAAGGAGAGAGACAAGCAACUGCAGCAAGCGAAGCUCCAGCCACCAAGAGAUUUCAUCGACAAGCAGUCGAGUCGUGACGAGCGCCGGGCCAGGGCCAUGAAGAUCCCGUUUUCCAAUGACAAAAUUGUGAACUUGCCUGUUGAGGAGUUCAACGAGCUCCUGUCCAAGCACCAUCUCAGCGAGGCCCAACUGUCCCUCAUCCGUGACAUCCGCAGGAGGGGCAAAAACAAGAUGGCGGCACAGAACUGCCGCAAGCGAAAGCUGGACACCAUCAUCAACCUGGAGCAAGGUGUGCAAGACCUGCGGCGUGACAAGGCCCGGCUGCUGAAGGAGAAGAUGGAGUUCCUGCGCUCCAUCAGACAGAUGAAGCAGAAGGUACAGAGCCUUUAUCAGGAAGUCCUCAGCCAGCUACGAGAUGAAGAAGGCAGACCGUACCCUGCAGGCGAGUACUCCCUGCAGUACGGCACUGACGGCAGCAUCCUCAUCAUGCCUCGGAGUAUGACUGCAGAGCAAGGCCGCAAGCCUGACAAAAAACAGAAGGACAAAAAGAAGUGAGAAGCUCGAUCUGCUUCUGUCUUAAGUUGCAAAGGCCCUACCACCAAUAAAAAGAAAAAAACAAAAGAUUUUUAAAGGGUGGAAGAAAAAUGUCCUUUUUUUCUUUGAGAAGAUUCUAGCAAAGAAAAGAAAAUUGCACUCUCAGUUAGUGUUCCUGCAUUAGGUUUUCUUCCUUUUUCUUUCUUUGGUUCAGAAGUUUUCUCCAGAAAACAAGUUUGAAGCAGAAGUGCUUUUUAAAGUGCUGAUUAUUCAUUCUUUUACUUGGAGUAUGAACAGAAUGAACAAAGAAUAGGAUUGGGUGAACUGGUAGAGUCUAAAAUGAGUGAAGGAGGCAAAGUGCCACUAUCGAGGACACUGACAAAUUCCUAAUCUGGAUGGACUUUAAUUUCAACCAAGGUCCUGAAAAGAAAAUUAAAUACAGGCUUGUGAAUCAUCACCUUGGAAAGGCUGUUGGAAUCUUUCCUAUUGGCCUGUGGUGUGCUAGCACACCCUGCUGGCAAUCCUGUGUUGCCAAAGAAGAAUGCACUUCUUUCUGAAGAUGGUGAAAAAGAGAUUGUAAGUGUAGAACAAGAGCGUCUGAGGUGCCGAGAAACCAAAGGUGGAAAGAAGCAUGCCAAUACUAACCAAAGGUUGUGUUGUGCAUUUCUGUUGUUCACAAUUCCGUCAUGAUCACUUGGUGUACCUUAACCAAUGUGUUGCAUACACAUACACAAAAGUAAGCAAACAAAAAUUUCAUUGGAUAUUUAUAAACAAAACCCAGCAGGGUUUCUAUGGAUGUUACAUGCCAACAGCCAUGGAACUAUGAAAGUGGAACAAUCCAAGUGGUAAAGAAUGAGUGUGAAUUUAUCCUUAAGACUAGAAGGAAAGUGUGAGAUACAGAUUAUUGAGCAAGGAUGCACACUGCAUUACAUAAAAAUCAGCUUCAAUGCUGGAAAUCAACUCUGUAGCUUAGCUAUAAGCUCUGUCUUUACCAGUCCUUCCUUGUCUGCAGGCUUGAGGGUGAAGAUGCCCUCCGUUCUUUUCAUGGUCACCUCCCAUGUGCAUAAACCUUUGAAUAAGAUGCGUGGUAUGUAGGUCUGAAUUCUAUCAAGAGUGUUACGUUGCUUACCACAACUGGGUAAUGGCCAUCCUGCAAAAAAUGUUUUAAAAAAAAGACAAAACUGUACAGAGUUAAGCAGAACUUCAACUUGAGUUGUCUCUUUAGUUAAUUUCUGGCUCAUUACCAGGUUAGUGUUGCUAAGGUAACCAGAGCUAGCUACAAAACUUUCUGUUACUGUGAUUAAUUUUACAGUUUUUUAGAUGCUCUUUUUGUUUGAUUAUGAUAAGGACCAUGAUCAAGAUACUCAUACUCUGAAGCAUAGUUAGAAGGAUUAGCUCACAUAAUUUAGAGCACGGUUCUGUAUUAUCUGCGUCAAAUAAUUUGGACUGAUGUCAUGUAAAUGUGUGAAGUGAACCUCUGUCACUUUUUGUAAGCAUUUGUUUUCUUUUACAUAUGUAAUGUCACCUUUUAACUAAUUCAGAACACUACCAUUUUUCCUGUUUAGUUCUUGGGGUCACCUGGAGAGCUAAAAGCUGCUUAUCAGGUAACACAAUUGAACUGGAUCAUGUGUAAAUGCAUAAAAAAUUCUAGAACUAUCCGAGACUUGCAUAAUUGUGAAUUAUAAUCUCUUUACAUGGGGAGGCUUCAGCACCUAAUAAGAAUGCUUAUUGCUCCAUCAAAUAUGUACAUCUCCAUAGUUCAUUCCCUCCUACUGGUUCCCACUGCUCACAUUUACACUGUCCACAUAUAGCCAUGCAGCCCUCUCCAUGUCUGGUUUGAUGCAAAGUGCAAUACGCAGAGGAAAAAUGUCACUUAUUCACUAAAACUUGACAAGAAAGAAACAACUUUAAGAUAAAUAGGUUUUGACUAGAUAAAAUCAAAACAAAAUGCAUUAUUUAAAUAAAAUUAUCAGGCAUGGAAAUCGUGCUUAAACUAUUUAGGUCACAGCUAUGUAUUUCAAAUUCCUGGUCUUGUGCUAUCACUACUAGUAGUCAGGCACUGUUUUGUUUUUUUUUUUGUUUUUGUUUGUCUUGUUUUGUAAAUAUGUUAAUUGUAUUGAUUUAAAAAAUAUUUUGUCCUGUUUGAGCUCCUACACUUGCUUUGAAGUUCUUUUUCUUUUAGUUUUCUUUGAAAGAUUUGCUGGCAAUCUGGAAUUGUUCCCUUUGUUAAUUAAUAAACUUUUUUAUUUUCAACAGUGA